AUGUUCGUAAGGUUGCCGACCCCAGGAAAAACUUGUGUUUCGCGACUUCUCAUCUCGCGCCGUUUCACUUCGGCAAAACAACAUGUAACGCGCAGAAACAUUUCCUCACACAACGGCGGUGCAACCACUGGCCAAAAGUCUGUCGGAGGGAAGAACUUCGCCAAGCGACCUGAGGAUAUUGCGCCGCAUUCAUCAAAAGGGUCGGCAGCAGGUCCAACCAUGCGGAGGAGUCGUUUUUAUCGGAUUGCUCUCGAUCAUGGGUUUGGUUUCGCCGUCUAUUUUUAUAUUCUAGGUGAGUCCAUGACUCUAUCCGUACUGUACGCUUUACAUUCUAAUGCCUUAGGAACGGGUGACACAUUCGCUUGGAUGAACGCUGUGGGUGCAGAACGUUUCGUAAACCUGGAUAGAUGGGCGCAUGCCGGUCCCACUGUUGUGGGAGUAACCCUCUCAUUCCGGCUUCUUCUUAACUAUCUUGCUGCCAAUGCAAUUAUGUACCCGAUGUAUGGGAUGCAAAUGCGCUUUUGCGUUGCCACCUUCGGUGUACUUGGUAAAGGAUUCAACCCUUUACGGCGGCUUCGGGCCCUUGGCAGAAAUGUUACUUCAUCGGGUGCUAAACGAACGGUUCCGCGCGCCCCUUCAGCCACAGCACCUAAAAAUAAGGUGAACAGGCUGCCAUAA